AAUAUUCAUUCAACAAUAAAACAUAACAAACUUAUAAAAACCUCAUCUUUAAAAGCUUAUCUUCCAGGAGCAAAGCAACAACAAUGGCUGCCCUCAGAAUCCAAAUCCAUCCCACAACCCACAAGACUCACUCUCACCAAAAAACAUACACCCCCUUAAUCUCUUGUUCAAUCCAACAGCCACCUCAAACCAACAUUAAGGUGGUCAUCAAUGGAGCCGCCAAAGAGAUUGGAAUGGCGGCUGUAUUAGCAGUUACAAAAUCUAGAGGUAUGGAACUUGCUGGAGCUGUUGACUCACAUCUUGUCGGUCAAGACAUCGGAAAGGUUUGUGGGAUGGAAGAAGCUCUAGAGAUACCUAUAAUUAACGAUCUGACGAUGGUUCUUGGUUCUAUAUCUCAGUCAAAAGCAACAUCAGUUGUAGUCGAUUUCACCGAUCCGUCUACAGUCUAUGACAAUGUCAAACAGGCAACGGCAUUUGGUAUGAACAGCGUGGUUUACGUACCACGAAUUAAGCCUGAAACGAUAGCAGCAUUAUCCGGCUUCUGUGAGAAAGCGAGCAUGGGCUGUUUGGUUGCACCAACGUUGUCGAUAGGAUCGAUACUACUCCAGCAAGCUGCAAUUUCGGCUUCUUUUCACUAUAACAAUGUCGAGAUUGUCGAAUCUAAAGCUAACACAGGAGCAUUUCCGUCGCAAGAUUCGGUGCAAAUCGCCAACAACCUCUCGAACCUCGGGCAGCUUUACAAUAGAGACGAUCUGGAAACAGAUCUUCCAGCAAGAGGGCAACGACUAGGAGAAGAUGGGAUUCGUGUGCAUAGUUUAGUUCUUCCCGGGCUUGUGUCUAGUACAUCGGUCCAUUUUUCGGGACCAGGAGAGGUGUACUCUAUCAAACAUGAUAUCACGAGUGUUGAGUGUCUCAUGCCCGGACUUAUUCUAGCGAUCAGAAAAGUUGUACGUCUAAAGAAUCUCGUUUACGGUUUAGAGAAGUUCUUGUAGUGAAGUUCCCAAUUUGAGACGUGUCGAUGAUGAUGAUAGCUAUUUGUUUCGCCUUUGGAUUACCGGAUCUGUUUAAAUGAAUGAGAGUUCUUUUUACCUUAUAAUACAACCGAUAUGUGUAUACCUUGCAUAACUAAUCUGAAUGUGCAUAACUAAUUUCAAUUGCCCGCAUGUUUUAGCAUCAAAAA